GAAAGAAGCGGCCAGAGAUGUCCCGCUCCUAACUUAUUCUCCCAGCGCAGAGGGAGGGAUUGCAGUACCAUCCAGGCGAUUAGUAGGGAGUAGUACAAAGUUUGGACAAAGAAUGUGAGAAGCUGCUACAUCCCUGCCUGUAUGUGGGUGGAGGGAAGUGAAUGGAUUUAACCCUGGCCCCCUGCGCCAAGUUCUGUUUGAUUGUGACAGCAGACUUCUCUGUGCACUGUGGAUAAUGGGUUUCUGAAGAUGAAGCAGAUAGCUCGCCAGCUUCCCUGGAUUUUGCUGACGACACAGGAUUGCUUUGCCUGAAGAUGGAAACACUGGAGUCGGAACUGACCUGCCCAAUCUGUCUGGAGCUCUUCGAAGACCCGCUGCUUCUGCCGUGCGCCCACAGCCUGUGCUUCAGCUGCGCCCACCGCAUCCUCGUCUCCCACUGCGCGUCGAACGAGAGCGUGGAAUCAAUCGCUGCCUUUCAGUGUCCGACCUGCCGCUAUGUCAUUGCCCUCAACCACCGCGGCUUAGAGGGUCUGAAACGCAACGUCACACUGCAGAACAUCAUCGACCGCUUCCAGAAGGUAUCCUCGGUCAGCGGCCCCAAUUCGCCGGGCGAGAGCCGGCGCGAGCGCCCCUUUGACGGCAACGCCAUGACGACGGUGGAGCGGAUCCCGUGCCAGUUCUGUGAGCAGGACCCCCCGCGGGCGGCUGUGAAAACCUGCGUGACCUGCGAGGUCUCCUACUGCGACGGGUGCCUGAAGGCCACUCACCCGAGCAAGAAGCCCUUCACAGGGCACCGACUGAUCGAGCCCGUGCCCGACUCGCACCUCCGCGGCCUCAUGUGCCUGGAGCACGAGAGCGAGAAGGUCAACAUGUACUGCGUGACCGACGAGCAGCUCAUCUGUGCCCUCUGCAAGCUCGUGGGGCGGCACCGAGACCACCAGGUGGCAGCACUCGGGGACCGCUUCGAGAAAAUAAAGCAAAGUCUGGAGUCGAAUCUGGCCAGUCUAAUUAAGAGGAACAAUGAGCUGGAAACACUAAUGGGAAGAUUAAUUCAGACUUGUCAACACGUAGAGGUGAACGCAACACGUCAAGAGGACAAGCUCACCGAAGAGUGCGACCAAUUGAUUGAAAUCAUUCAGCAAAGAAGGCAAAUCAUUGGCACCAAAAUCAAGGAAGGGAAGGUCGUACGCCUUCGGAAACUGGCCCAGCAGAUCGCGAACUGCAAACAGUGCAUCGAGCGAUCAGGCUCCCUCAUCACUCAAGCAGAGCAGACACUGAAAGAGAACGAUCAUGCUCGCUUCCUGCAGACAGCUAAAAAUAUCUCCGAAAGGGUCUCCAUGGCAACUGCAUCUUCUCAAGUGCUCAUCCCAGAAAUCAACCUGAAUGAUACAUUUGACACAUUUGCAUUAGACUUCUCCCGUGAGAAGAAGAUGCUGGAGAGCCUUGAUUACCUCACAGCACCGAACCCACCUGCCAUCCGCGAGGAGCUGUGCACUGCCUCACACGAUACGAUCACAGUCCACUGGACGUCGGACGAUGAAUUCAGUGUGGUCUCAUACGAGCUUCAGUACACCAUCUUCACCGGCCUAGCCAACGUUGUCAGUUUGUGUAGCUCGGCCGACAGCUGGAUGAUUGUCCCGAACAUCAAGCAGAACCACUACACGGUGCACGGGCUGCAGAGCGGGACCAAGUACAUCUUCGUCGUCAAGGCUAUAAACCAGGCCGGCAGCCACAACAGUGAACCGUCCAGGCUCAAGACCAACAGCCAGCCGUUCAAACUAGAUCCCAAAUCCGCACACAAGAAGCUGAAAGUCUCUCAUGACAACCUGAGUGUGGAACGGGAUGAGACCACCUCGAAGAAGAGCCACACUCCAGAGCGUUUCACCAGCCAAGGGAGCUACGGGAUAACCGGCAACGUCUACAUUGACAGCGGCCGCCAUUACUGGGAGAUUCUCAUUGGAGGAAGCACAUGGUAUGCAAUUGGGAUCGCCUACAAGUCAGCACCAAAACAUGAGUGGAUUGGGAAGAACGCCUUCUCCUGGGUCUUUUGCCGGUGUAAUAAUAGCUGGGUUGCAAGGCACAAUAGCAAGGAGAUACCAGUGGAGCCCUCACCCCACCUCCGACGCUUGGGUCUUUUGCUGGACUACGACAAUGGAUCUUUGUCCUUCUACGAUGCCGUUAAUGCUCAGCACCUGUACACCUUUGACAUUGCCUUUGUUCAACCCGUGUGCCCCACCUUCACUGUGUGGAACAAAGCCCUCACAGUCUUAACUGGUCUCCCUAUACCGGAUCACCUGGAUUGCACAGAACAGGUACCUUAGUUGAUGUGUGGUGAGCGAGGACUGCAGUUCCUUGCCUUUUCAAUGGGAGUGCGUUGCACAGUUGACUGGAACUGCCUUAUCCAAUCAGACUUCAUCUCAGUGUCCAGGCCUAGCUGGGAGUUAAAACAAAACAUGUGCUUUCCUCUGCACUCCCCCCACAUCAGUGAGCUCCCAUCAACUCAGUUCCUGGGUAUAUUUUCCUCUUGCUCUCAGCCGUUCUUUGUAUUUGUGUCCUUACCUCCUGGUCGUCCUUUAAGGUGGCCGAUUCCAGUCAGGAAAUGAGGACGGAAAGUUUGUCAGGCAGCCAGAUUGUACUGCCCUCCUCAGAAACCUGGCUGGGGGGCUUAAUUGAUCCACGAUGUGAUUUGGUGCAAUCUGUCAUCAGAAUGCACCCCCCUCCACCACCCCCCCCCCCCCCCCCCCGCCCCCCCACAACAGGAUUUUGCAAAGCUUGGGAAGUCGGGGUGCAAAGUUAAAUAGCUUGAGGUAGUGGGGCCUCUCCCUGUGCUGCUUCCAGCAUGUACCACCAGCGUUGGUGUGUCCUGAUUGUGUUGUUAGUCUUGACCCAAACUGCUUCACUGUCACUUUGUGAUGUAACUCUGCUUGCAACAGGGACCCGACCUAACCCUGUCUGCUCCUGCUAACCCAUUCCCUCUGAUGGCUCACAGGCCCACCCAGACCUCCAGCUGUCCAACCCAUUUGUCAGUUUUAUUUAUUUAAUUUAUCCCUUCCAAAAGAGGAACAAGGUGUUGGAUAUCAUCCAACUCUUUCUGGAUACACUGUAUGUCAGCUGUAAUUCCAAUCCCAUGCAGAGUUGAAGGCUGGUUUGGGUUCGUGGUUGUGGUGUUGGGUGAGAUUGGCCUUAUUGGCAGAAACCACAUGGGUAAACUCCUCUUGCGCUAAACCCCUGUUGUUUUCCCGCACUCCCAGACGUCCAAAAUCUGCAGCAUCUUUUAUUUUAACAAGGCUUAUUUCCUGUAGCAACUGGCAGGUCAGAACUUCCACUUUCUCCCCUCUGUUUUCUCAGUCAGGACUUUACCAUGUCACCACGACGCCAACUUGAACACGGCCGUUUCCUUCCUUGCUGAAUAAUUUUUCAACCCUUUUGCCAACGGGAGUGAGCUGUGGGAAUAAUAAUUCCAUCUUUACAACCUCCUUUGUUCGGAGCUUCGGAAUGGAGAGAGGGUGGGCAAUCAAGGGCAGGGCUUCAUAUUCCUGAGGUGUAAAUCUGGUGCCCAUUAGCCUGUGCCCCAACUUUGGCUAAUGUUAGUGAUGAGCACUCCAGCCUGUUCCACCCGCACAUCCAUGUUUACUUUUAUACUCGCUUUACCCCCUCCCCCCCCCAGAGGAAAUUAUACCCAUUAAGGUUCCACGUAUGGCUCCAACACUCUUUUAUUUUGUACUCACUCAUAUAGGGGGAUUUAUGAAUUAUUUAUAUAAAAUGGUUUUUUUUUGGACUAAAAUUGUAGAACUCUUUUUGCUUUUGCACAUUCAAUGUUUACUAUCGUAUUUAUGUGUAGGUGAUUUGUUGGGGAGUUGAAAUAUAUGAAAAGAAAAUUAAGAGAGAAACUAUGGAUUUUCCAACGGGGCUGUUAAGAACUUUUAUAUCGAUUAACAGGAAACUGUUCUGGACACAGUGUGCAGUGAAUGAUAAGGUUCAUUCCAAUUAUAGAUCGUUCUCUCGACAUAGCAGAUGUGCAACAAAAGCUAAACUGAGCUGAACUGGCCUUUAAAGAGACAAUAUCCUGUUUAUACACAACUGCACAUCGAGGUGGACCUCACCAGUGUCUCUGCACAGAGUGAGGACAUUCAGAGGUUCGUUCAUAUCCGAGAUCUGGUACUCUGAUCUGAUUUCGGUGGUCAAGUUGGGAACCUCUUCUGUUUUUAGUGGGACGUGACUUUAAUAUGAAAUUGUAUGUUGGUUUAAGUAAUUGCUAUGGGAACAUCCGUGUCAUUGGCCUGGCGCAAUCAGAUUUGGGUACGGCAUCUAAAUAAAGUACGGGCCUCAGAAAUCAGCAUGGCUGAGUUUACCGGAGGGCAAGGGUUAAGUUAGCAGGAGGGGUUGGGUAGACUUGGUUUGUAUUUCCCUGGAGCUGUUGAAGAUUGAGAAUCACUGAACUGCAGCUCUACAUUGAUUUGAUAUGGUGGGUAGAAAGCAACGGUGAGAAGCCCGAGACCAGAUUGACAGAAUCUGGAAAUUAAACACAGGCUAUCUAAAGGAGAAAUCUUUCCUUGGAGAGGGUGGUGGAAAUCUGAAACCUGUCACUCAAAAGGCUGUUAAAUUCAGAUUUACAAGACCGAGUUUGUUCAGUUCUUGUUGGGUAAGAACACUGAAGGGUAUGACACAAGGCAAAGUAAAUGGAAUUGAGAUACAGAGCAGCCGUCAUCUUAACUGAAUGUCAGAGCAGGUUAGAGGGGCUGAAUGGCCUCUUGUCCCAAUGUUUGUGUAUCAUAAAAAUCUUGUUAUUGCAGCUCAUUGAACAUUACAACAGGAUACACACAUUAUAAAACGUGGUAAACCAUUCAGUUGGGAUUUAAAGGGAUAUUGCCUCUUUAAAGUUGUGUCAAUCUCAAAUUAAUCCAAUGUUCAUUUGUAUCUCCACUGUGAACAUUUGUUGCUUAGUGCAGUUUUCAUUUUUAAAAUGAGCCAGUUCUGAAAAGCAUGUUGCUUGAAAAUACAGUUGUGUCUCAUUGCAGAACUGAGCACAUCUCUGGGCCUUAUGCUGCCUCUGUUUCAAGAACCCUGUGACAAUUUCUGUAAAACUGAGGUGGUUUGUCUGACAUGGGCCAAGGCUCCAGAUCAGAGGACAAAGGUACUAGAUUGCAAGUGAAUCUCUGAAAUGAGACUGCACACAAGGAGUUAAUAGGGAAAUAUAUUAAUGUCAGUGUUGCACUGCAAAACAGUUUUUUUUAAAAAAGCUGAGUGACUACCAUUGAAUGUCGCCACUGUUAUUGCAAGUUUUCAAAGGAAAUUGUUCCUCACUGAUUGAUUACCUUUUGGACUGAGGAAGAUGACUGAGUACUCAGGAGCAAAAACAGACUGUCAGGAGUCCAGGAACUGCAUUACUUUGCAAACUGGUUUUAAAAAGGCAAGACAAAUGGACUUAAACAUAUCCAGUUACAAAUCCCGCCUGUAAUUGAACUCCUGGGAAUGAAUGCAAGGUGCACUGUGGUGUUAGGAUGCCGAAUUCAGGCAUUGAAGCAGGUAACACAAUCUGUUAAUGGAUGACGUCGCAAUGACCUCUGUUUGAUUGUGCUGGUUACUGCGUGGAAAGGCACAUUAUCUUCUGCUCAUCAGUGGAGCCUCUGGACUGCAAACUGCAACGGUCACUUCAAGCUGGACUACAAAAUGAGCCGUUCAGUAUGAGCCAACACAUUCCUUCCUGUGGACUGCUAAUGAUUAACAUGCUCAGUAAUAAAGUCGGCAUUUGGACAAUUGCAUUGCACUCCACUGUCGAGGCUGCUCCCCUUCACUGUCAUUUUUCAUCAGCUUAGACACAGCUCAGUGGCUGGAGGGACAUUUACAUGUAUUCAGUGUCAAUAGACGCACUCCACCACCAGCUUGAUUUUUUUUUGUUCUUUAUGAUUUUAAUGAAGCAGCCUGUGUGUUUUUUAUAUUUUGCAGUACUGGAUUCUAUCCCUGAUUCCAGAAUA